AUGACAGAAGCCAACAAACUUGUUCUCUUCCGCCACGUCGAGUGGCUCGUCGACUCGUCUCCGCGCCGCCAAACGAAACAACAGGACAUGUCGCACGGACAUACUCAUGGCCCAGGGACUCCUGCAAACCACACGCAUGGCCCGCCGUCGCCCAUGACCCUCACACCUCAGCAAGCCCAGCAGCUCAUGGCCGCCCAACAGCAGCAACAGCAGCAAAUGGCACAACAGAGACCCGCCCCGGAUCCAAUUCUUCAGGCCGCAAUCGAGGCAGAUUUCAAACCUGUUGCGCUGGCGUUGGGCGACGCGGAGAAACCAGCAAGUGUCGCGCUCUGUCGCGAACACAAAAAGGAAUCGUGUAGUGUCUGUGGACUCGAUUUCACUGCCAUGAAUGCAAUGGCCAAAAUGUUCUCCAUGGCUCCCUCUGAUGCAAUUCUUCCACCACCAAAUGUCGUGCAGCCUGCACGGGCACAAGCAGUCAGCAAGACCAAGGAUGAGGGAAAUGCAUUGUACAAGAAGAAUCAACACGUUCAGGCCAUCAACAUGUAUACGACUGCUAUGCAAAUAUCCUCAUCACGUCCACCAUGGGAAAGCAGCAACAUUGCACGUGAAGAGCUUACGCUCGUCGUUUGCAACCGCUCUGCAGCCUUUUACGCGGCAGGAGACUAUCUAUCAUCCCUUUUGGAUGCCGAGGUUGUCAUCUCGCUGAAGCGACCUUGGAGCAAGGGUCACUACCGAAAAGGUCGUGCUUUGCUCGCGCUGGGCGAUCCGCAAGGCGCCAUGGAGGCAGUCACACUUGGACUACAGUAUGAGCCUCAAAAUCAGGAUCUCGAGGCGUUUCAAAAAGAGGUACAAGAGGUUCUCGACAAGGCCAAUGCCCCGCCAGAGAACGGCGAGCUGUCUCCUUGA